AUGGGGUCUAUCGAACAAUCCACUUUGCCCUCAGAUUUCAUCUGGGGCUUCGCAACAGCUGCGUAUCAGAUUGAGGGCGCUGUCAAAGAAGAUGGUCGGGGGCCGUCUAUUUGGGAUACUUUUUGCAAGAUUCCCGGUAAAAUCGCCGGCAGCGGCUCUGGAGAUGUGGCUUGCGACUCGUAUCAUCGAACACACGAGGAUAUCGCCUUAUUGAAAGAAUGCGGUGCUUCGGCUUACCGAUUUUCCCUGUCUUGGUCUCGCAUUAUCCCGCUCGGCGGCCGCAACGACCCUAUCAACGAGAAAGGCCUGCAAUUCUAUACGAAAUUCGUUGAUGAUCUGAUUGCCGCGGGUAUCACGCCUAUGAUCACACUGUUCCACUGGGAUCUUCCCGAUGAGCUCGAUAAGCGUUACGGCGGAUUCCUCAAUAAAGAAGAAUUUGUUGCCGACUUUGCACACUAUGCCCGUAUAGUAUUUACAGCUUUUGGUCCCAAGGUUAAGCACUGGAUUACUUUCAAUGAGCCUUGGUGCAGUAGUGUUCUUGGAUACAACAAUGGGUCGUUUGCGCCUGGUCAUACGAGUGAUCGUACCAAAAGCCCCGUGGGAAAUAGCUCGACUGAGCCAUGGAUUGUUGGUCACAGCAUUCUCAUUGCUCAUGGAGCUGCGGUGAAGAUAUAUCGUGAUGAAUUCAAGGCGAAAGACGGUGGGGAGAUUGGAAUCACGCUCAAUGGCGACUGGGCUGAACCAUGGGACCCGGAAAAUCCAGCCGAUGUGGAAGCCUGUGACCGCAAAAUCGAAUUCGCAAUCUCAUGGUUUGCAGACCCAAUCUACCACGGCAAAUACCCAGACAGCAUGAUCAAGCAAUUAGGUUCUCGUCUGCCCGCUUGGACAAAAGAGGACAUCGCACUUGUGCAUGGCAGCAAUGAUUUCUACGGCAUGAACCACUACUGUGCGAACUUCAUCCGCGCCAAGACAGGAGAGCCAGAACUCGACGAUAUUGCAGGCAAUCUGGAGCUGUUACUUGAAGACAAGAAUGGUGUCAGUGUCGGGCCUAUUACACAGUCACCUUGGCUGCGACCCUCUGCGAUUGGAUUCCGGAAGUUGCUUAAAUGGCUCAGUGAGCGGUAUGGGUAUCCUAAGAUCUAUGUCACGGAGAACGGGACUAGUGUUCUGGGUGAGAACGACAUGGAGCUGGAUGAGCUGCUCAAUGAUGAGUUCCGUGUGCAGUAUUUCCGGGAUUACAUUGGUGCUAUGGCUGAUGCUUAUACAUUGGACGGUGUUAAUGUGCGAGCUUAUAUGGCUUGGAGUCUUAUGGAUAACUUUGAGUGGGCUGAAGGAUACGAGACUCGCUUUGGUGUUACUUAUGUUGAUUAUGACCAUGAUCAAAAGAGGAUGCCGAAGAAGAGUGCCAAAGAGAUCAGCAAGAUCUUUGAGCGUUUGAUUGAGAAGGCUUAG